GCCUUCUCUUGGGAGGGGCUGUGUGGGAAGACCGUCUGGGAUUUGGCGGUACUCCCCUCUUUAGGAUUUAAGAUUUUACGGGGCGGGCAGAGGUUCGUCCUGACCGGUUUCUGGAGGGACUGACCCACGCUAUUGGGAAGGGAUGGGUGUGGGAUCAUGUGUGCCGCUCAGCUGAGACUCGUCGAGCGUGAGCAUGUACAAAAGGAACGGACUGACGGCCAACGUCGCGGUCACCUCCGCCAGCCAAGAGAGCAGCAGCAGCUCCGAGUCCCUGGACCGGCCGAGCGCAGACUACGCCAAGAGCUACGAUGCCGUGGUGUUCGACGUGCUGAAGGUGACGCCGGACGAGUUCGCUAGCCAGAUCACCCUGAUGGACGCCCCAGUGUUCCGAGCGAUCCAACCAGAGGAGCUGUCCAGCUGUGCGUGGAACAAGAAGGAGAAGCACAUCCUGGCUCCUAACGUGGUGGCGUUCACUCACCGGUUCAACCAGGUCAGCUUUUGGCUGGUGAGAGAGGUACUAACUGCCCAGACCCUCAAGAUCCGGGCCGAGAUCCUCAGUCACUUCGUCAAAAUCGCCAAGAAACUUCUGGAACUGAACAACCUCCACUCCCUGGUGUCUGUGGUCUCGGCCCUACAGAGCGCCCCCAUCUUCAGACUGAGCAAGACCUGGGCGCUGAUCAGCCGGAAGGACAAGGCCACACUGGAGAAGCUAGACGACCUCACAUCUAAAGAGGAGAACUACACGCGCAUGAGAGAGUACAUCCAGUCCCUGAGGAUGGUGCCCUGUAUCCCCUACCUGGGUAUUUACCUGUUUGACUUGACCUACAUCGACUCAGCCUAUCCGGCUUCCGACAGCAUCAUCGAGACGGAGCAGAGGACCAAUCAGAUGAACAACCUCCUCAGGGUCAUCUCCGACCUGCAGGUGUCCUGCACCUACGAGCACCUGGUCACGCUGCCACACGUCCAGAAGUACUUGAUGUCCGUGCGCUACAUCGAGGAGCUACAGAAGUUUGUGGAGGAUGACAACUAUAAGGUUUCCCUGAGGAUUGAACCUGGAAACAGCCUGGCCUCCUCCAAGGAAGACCUCGCAGGCCCCUCUGAAGUGUCCCUGUUGGAGAGGUACAGCCGUCGCCCAACCUGCCCAGACACCUCCGUGUGCGCCCACCUCCCCAGCCCACCCCCAUCCCGACACAGGAAGAGCCACAGCCUGGGAAACAAUAUGAUGUGUAUGCUCAGCUUGGCGGAGAGCAAGAGUGCCACAUUCCCAAUAGACAAACCACGCCACCUGCUGGACGACAGCUUCUUAGAUUCCCACAGCCCGUCCUGGAACCCGUCUCACAGCUCUGUCUACACCAACGGCCUUUCGCUAGGCAGCAGUCAAAGCUCCGUCAGCGAGGACCUCUUCAUCAGAGUAGAAAGGUGCCGCCUUUAUGCCACACUUGGGCCCAACUGGAAGGUUCCGGCACGAAACUCCCCUAGAAGCCGUAUUCACCUCUACAGCCCCCCAGGAGAUGAUCCUGUCCAUCGAGAUAGUGAAGUGGGUGGGGUCACCAUGGAGGGCCCUCUGCGAAGGAAGACCAUGAUGAAGGGAGGCAGGAAGCCUACGUUCUCUUCCUGGACCCGGUUCUGGAUCAUUCUUUCCGGCACAACACUGACAUUCUACAGCUCGAAAGCACUGAGGGCAUCAGAGAGGAAACAUUACAAAUCCACGGCGUGUAAAAAGGUGUCCUUGCCUGGCUGGAUGGUGGUGUUACCCGACGACCCACAGCGACCUGACAUCUUCCAGCUGAGUGACCCUGAGAACGGUAACGUUUACAAGUUCCAGACGGGAUCCAGGUUUUCUGCGAUAAUCUGGCACAAGAGCCUGGACGAAGCCUGCCGGAGCUGCAGGCCUCAGAUGCCGACCAACCUGAUGUCAUUUGAGUAGCUGUCCCCCCAGCCUGCUGCUGUAUAUUGUGCCAAACCCAUUCACACAGGCGGAUCAGGAGAUUACUGAGAGGAGACGGGCAGAGGAAUAGGAGCCACACCCAAGCUGCUGUUUGUGCUGCUGCCAGGGUGUGGGAAGGCCUGCUUCAGACUGCGAGGGGUGUAGAUAGAGGCCAGGAAGGACAGGGGAAUCCCAACCCAACACCAUGAUGGUGUGAACUCUAUGGUCAGCGGUGUGACCAGAAGCUGGCUUCCUGUGAGGUUUACUUGAUUAAUUAAAUUAAUCACUUUCAUGCACAAAAACAGACUGAAAACCAAGAAAUGCUUUGGCACACCUGGAAAUCUGAUUAUCCUGUCAUACAACAUAGCUACUUGUCUUCCAUUUGAUUUAUUUCCUUUGUAUUGAUUGAAACAUUUAGUGUGUCUACUGUAUGAAAGUUUCUUUUCAGUUAUUUGUUAUUUGUAACUAACUGGUUCGAUAUAUACAUUUGCAUAGCCUACUCUAGUUGUUCUGCAAACACCAUGUUAUGUAUGUUGGAAUUUGUAGCUGAGAUGUAAACAUGUUGCAUUUUAUGCAGUUGUAAACAGUAGCUUAUUUCAGCUUUGUGUGACCCUUGGAAUCAUGUGUGAAGAAUAAGGAGUAACUUAACUGUCACAAUAAACCGGUUGAAUUGCA